AUGCAAGCUCUCAAGACCUGCGCUCCCCGGGCGCUGCGAUCUGCCUCCUCGCGGAGCUAUGCUACAGUGUCGUCGGCCUCGCCCUACGCCCAGACUCGGAACAACCUGAGAAUCAAUGCGGACACGAAACUACUCUUCCAGGGCUUUACGGGCAAGCAGGGCACAUUCCAUGCUCAGCAGGCGAUUGAGUAUGGCACCAAAGUCGUGGGAGGAACAAAUCCCAAGAGCGAGUUCUAUCACAUGCCUGACGAGGCUGGCUCUCAGCACCUCAACCUUCCCGUCUUCAAGAAUGUUUCAGACGGCGUGAAGGAAACUGGCGCCACAGCCAGUGUGAUCUUCGUCCCCCCUCCGUUAGCCGCAGCCGGAAUCAUGGAAGCUAUGGAAGCCGAGAUACCUCUUGUGGUCUGCAUUACUGAAGGCAUUCCCCAACACGACAUGCUCAGAGUCACCGAUGCACUGAAGACACAAAGCAAGACACGUCUUGUGGGCCCCAACUGUCCUGGUAUCAUCGCCCCCGGACAAUGCAAGAUCGGCAUCAUGCCUGGAUUCAUUCACAAGCGAGGACGAGUCGGCAUUGUUUCGAGAUCAGGCACCUUGACAUACGAAGCUGUCAACCAAACAACACAAGCAGGUCUUGGCCAGUCUUUGGUCGUGGGUAUCGGCGGUGACCCCUUCAGCGGCACUAACUUCAUUGACUGCUUGAAUGUGUUCAUGGAGGACGACGAAACGGAAGGAAUCAUCAUGAUUGGCGAAAUCGGAGGCAGCGCCGAAGAGGACGCUGCAGAAUUCUUGAAGAGCGAGAACAAGAAGAACAAACCCGCAGUCAGCUUUAUUGCUGGCAUCAGUGCUCCCCCCGGAAGACGUAUGGGCCAUGCUGGUGCCAUUGUAAGCGGCGGCAAGGGCGGUGCAGAGUCCAAGAUUUCUGCAUUGGAGUCCGCUGGUGUGGUCGUGGAACGGAGUCCAGCGAUGUUGGGCAAGUCGUUGCAUGCACAGUUUGUGAGCCGAGACCUCCUGUGA